UGACAGUUACUGACGGUCGUUGUCGUGUUUUGGGGGCACGUGUUAUUAUCAGGUGGUCUCUACCACGUGUGCACACGAUUCACAACCAUUGAUUCCAUCAUACAUGCCUAAUCCGGCUUGGAAAUGUUGUAUAAACAUGCCUCCAAAAUCAUUGAUCAGAUUCAGAAGAAACAAGGGACCAUAAAGUCUCUUAUUCAUUCAAGUGGUUACAAGAAUCUGAAGCAGCUUUAUGCUUUGGUCUGUGAAACUCUCAAGUACUCAAGUAUCAUUGAUAAGAUUCUAGUCACCACAAAGUUCCUGGAGCUAGAGAAAUGGUUAGAUCGACCCAUGGCAACAAUUCUAGUCUACGAGGCAUUGUUUGGAAGAGGAAUUCAAUGUGGUGGAAAGCAUCGUUUGGCAAUCAAACGGCAUAAGUCUUCUCUCAAUGCUGCUCUUGUCAGGAUGAAGAUUAAGAUGGGUGUGGUCAACAACAAGGACCUCCUCCCUGACUCCGUCAAAGAUGAAGUGAUUCUGCCAAGGUAUGUGCGAGUCAACACAUUAAAGAUUUCUAUCGAGGAUGCUAUCAACCAGUUUGUUAAGGAAGGCUUUAAGUGUGUACUGACUCAACAAGAAGCUGUCACUGUCUCUAAAGAUGCUGAAAAUGCACAAUCUUUAAGUACCAUGUUCAGAGACUUGGUGAACAGUUUAAAGAAAAGUCAGUUCAUGUGUGACGUACAUGUACAGCAUAUUCUAGUGUUUCCACCGGGUACCGACUUCCACAAGCACCAGUUGUAUCUAACAGGGGCUAUCAUACUGCAAGAUAAGGCAAGUUGUCUUCCAGCUUACAUCUUGGCCCCGCCUCCAGGAAGUCAUGUGAUUGAUGCCUGUGCAGCCCCUGGCAACAAGACGUCCCACCUGGCGGCCAUUUUAGAGAAUACUGGACGGGUGUUUGCAUUCGAGUUGGAUCCCAAACGUCUCUCUCUGAUGUCCAGACUGACCAAACCAACAGGAGCAACAAACCUUGACCUCACCAAUCAUGACUUCCUAAAGGUCAACCCAACGGACGAGAAAUUCCGUAAUGUCAACUACAUCCUCCUGGAUCCAUCUUGCAGUGGGUCUGGCAUUGUCAGUAGGCUCAAUCACCUGACCAAUGAUGACCAAUCAGAGUCUCAAGAUAGGUUGGAGUCGUUGGCAAGGGUGCAGACUGCACUACUGUCUCAUGCCCUGUCAUUUCCGAAUGUUAAACGAGUGGUUUAUUCUACUUGCUCAGUACACAGGAGGGAAAAUGAGGAAGUUGUUAAGGAAGUGCUGGAUUCACAUCCGGAAUUCCAGCUGGAAUGUGCUCUUCCUGCAUGGAAAAAUAGAGGAAUCGGUGAUAAGGAUCACACGGAUGAUUGGAAAAAUCCAAGCGAUAUGAAGCUGUUUGACUUUCAGGCUUGUUUACGAGCAGUACCUAAAGAGGAUAUAACCAUUGGAUUCUUUGUAGCAUUGUUUGAACGAAAAGAUAUUUCAAUAAGAACAAAAGAGUCUCCUUGUGUACCAACUUCUCAAAAUGGUAAGUUGUCAAAAGUAGGCCAACGUAAAAAGAGAAGGAAUAAACAUAAAUCUGUUGAAAUCAAGAAAGAGAUUAUUAGUAUGGAUAGCAGUGAGAAUCAAAGCAAAAAUAAUUCUCCUCUGGAAACAGGGAUAUCAAAAAGGAAAAGCCGGAAAAGGAGAAAGAAAACGCAGGGAGAAUCCGACUCUAAGAAACAAAAAAUUGACAACAUAAAGAAACUGGAUGAGCAUAAAACCAAACAAGAAACUGAAGAGGCAAUAAAUGAGAAUGCAAACAAAGUAACCAAAAUGAAAAAAGCUAAAAGAAACAGGAGACAGAAAACAGCUGCCAUUUCAUGAGUUUAUUAUGCACUUAUUAAUGUUGUAAACAGGAUCGUAAUAAUUGGGGCAAGUUUAAGGAAGUUUCCCUUGUCCUAUUUGUAAUGUAAUGCACCAUGUUAUUAUAAAUUGCAUAAUCGAUCCAAGGACUAAAUCUUAUCGGAAU